CUCUCGCAUUUCGGGUCCCCGGCCCGAACCCGAAUAGAGGAGAGAGAGAGAGAGGGGACUCGUCUUCUUCAUCGAAUCCCGCUCGCCAUAGCCAGCAGCUCAGCCGAGCUCCUGCAAUUCCGCGUCAGCAAUGGCCGCCAAUUUCUGGACUUCCACUCACUACAAGCAACUUCUGGACCCGGAGGAUGCGGACGUGGUGCAUCCGCCGGACAGAGAGAGAGGCAUCACCGUCGAAGAUUUCAAGCUCAUCAAAAUGCAAAUGGCCAAUUAUAUAUGGAAACUGGCUCAGAGUGUUAAAGUCAGGCAAAGGGUCAUAGCCACUGCAGUUACAUAUAUGAGACGAGUUUAUACCAGAAAGAGUAUGUCAGAGUAUGAUCCACGCCUAGUGGCUCCAGCCUGCCUGUACUUGGCAGCAAAAGCAGAAGAAAGCACUGUGCAGGCCAAAGCACUUGCAUUCUACAUCAGGAAAAUAUAUUCUGAUGAGAAGUAUCGAUACGAGGUGAAGGAUAUUCUUGAAAUGGAAAUGAAGAUAUUGGAAGCUCUCAACUAUUAUUUGGUUGUAUUCCAUCCUUACCGUUCUUUGACACACUUGCUUCAGGACGCGGGCAUGGAAGAAAUGACCCAAUUUACUUGGGGACUUGUGAAUGAUACAUACAAGAUGGACCUCAUUCUUGUGCAUCCUCCUCACUUGAUUGCACUGGCUUGCAUAUACAUUGCAAGCGUAUACAAAGACAAGGACACUACCUCAUGGUUUGAAGAGCUUCGGGUUGACAUGAAUGUUGUGAAGAAUAUAGCAGUGGAGAUAUUGGAUUUCUAUGAGAACCGUACAUCGAUCUCAGAAGAGAGAGUACAUGCUGCUUUGAACAAGUUGGCUAUGAAACCAUAAACAUUAGGUGGACGUUCGCAAGGGGGAUAUGUCAAAGUAGGAACCUGAAGACUGUAAGCCUUGCUGAUCUGCCACUUGAGAUUGCGAUGGAUAAUGUCAUGAGGCACUUGCUAAAAUCAUUAGCUUCUAGACCUGACUAAGGACUCGAUGAUGGUGUUAAAGAGUUCAGCAGCAAGUGGAGAAUGCAAGAUCCCCAGAUUGCAAUAUUUGUCAGGGUCUAUUUGUCGUUUGAGAAACUUGGUGUCUUCAGUUUGAGCGCAUUUAGAAAAAACUGAUAUCUGUAAUUGUUGUUGUUGUGCCAACACAAUCACUUGGAGUGGCCUGUAGAGAGACUUUUGAAAUCUGCAAGCUCAUCACUCUUCCCAGGAAGAAAGCGCCCAUGGUUACAUUGUC